CAUUAAGCAGGUGAAAGCACAAGAUGAAAACCUUCGCAGCUGUGGCACUUCUAAGCUGCCUGCUUGCGAUAAAAGUGGAAGGCCAGGCAAGAGCUCCAAGUAUCAGGUGUCUCUGUGCUCACAAGGGUGUAAAUAUGGUUCCUCCAAAACUGAUUGAGAAGGUCGACAUCAUACCACCGACCCCCUCUUGUGGAAACCUGGAGAUUGUCGUGACUCUGAAAAAUGGCGCAGAGCCUAAAUGUUUAAGUCCAGAUUCUAAAUUUACACAGAAACACCUCAUAAAGGCUCUUGAAAAAAGGACCCUGCAGAAAUAACAGACUACAACAACAAUCUAGAUGUUUUUAAAAGGAAAAAACAUGAUAACAUACCCAUGCAAUCUGAAACUAUAGCAGAUUACUUUUUAUUAUUUGACUUUUUCCAUUUUAGGAUGUCUAAUGCAGCCUCUUUAUCUAAUAAAC